CUUGGAUCCUCGGUACGGUCUCCUCCUUCCCACGAACACCAUCCAAGUGCAUCUUGACAAUCACCAGCCGUCACCAUGCCUCCCAAGUUUGAUCCUAAUGAGGUGAAGGUUAUCACCCUCCGGGCCACCGGUGGUGAGGUUGGUGCCUCGUCGGCUCUUGCCCCCAAGAUCGGUCCUCUUGGUCUCUCCCCCAAGAAGGUCGGCGAAGAUAUCGCCAAGGCUACUGGUGACUGGAAGGGUCUCCGCGUGACCGUCAAGCUCACCAUCCAGAACCGUCAGGCGGCCGUCUCCGUCGUCCCUACCGCCUCCGCGCUCGUCAUCCGUGCGCUCAAGGAGCCCCCCAGGGACCGCAAGAAGGAGAAGAACAUCAAGCACAACAAGUCUGUUUCGUUUGAUGAGAUCGUCGAGAUCGCCCGCACUAUGCGCUACAAGUCCUUCUCCAAGGAGCUUAAGGGCACCGUCCUCGAGGUCCUCGGUACCGCUUUCUCCGUCGGCUGCCAGGUUGACGGCAAGAGCCCCAAGGCCGUCCAGGAGGCUAUCCACGCCGGCGAGAUCGAUGUUCCCGAGGAGUAAAUGUCGGCCAAAAAAGGUCAAAUUGGGAUUCUUGGCAUGUGUUUAGGAGUUCAGGGCUUGCUUUACGAUCAGGCCUGCCAAACGACGGCAAAUCAAAGAUCACCAAAGACGAUUUGAAGGCCGAGCCGUCGUGUUCCUCGCCUCUGAUGUGUGCACUUGUAUACAGCCGUCCAUUACGACACUUGGGCUUGGUAUCUAGGUUUGCGAGACACUCGAGGAAUAAGCGCAGCGCCGAACCCCUACUCAUUGCCUCCAUCCGUUCCCCCCUUUGAUAUCAUGUGUGAUGUGUUUCCGCCCCCUCAACUGACUACGCAGUCCCUGAAGUUCACCCGAGUUUGACCUCUUCUCUAUGGUCACUCCCGGUUUU